AACUGAAGACAGUCGGACCCCGACGACCGACCCCGCAUCUGAUUGAGAAGAAUUUCAUUUAUUUUAAGAGAAUAAAAUGUCUGGUGCAGCUCGAAAAAUACUUAUAGGACAGGUUAUAGGAACCAAGAUGACACGGACUGCAAAAGUUCGGGUUAAUAAGUUACAACUGGAUCCAUUUGUUACUCAGUAUUUCCCUAAGCGGUCCACCGUGUUUGCACAUGACCCCGAGGAAGCAGCGAAACUUGGAGACAUUGUCCUUGUGAAGGAACUACCAAUUAAAAAGUCCACCCACGUCAAGUACCAGAUGGAGCGAAUCAUCUACAGCCUUGGAAAUGUGACUGAUCCAAUCACUGGCAAGAAAUGCGACUGCUACUCAUAUUGGGAUGAGGGGGAGGGCUCCGAUGGUGCUCCGGUGUCUGAUCAUAGUACAGAUAGUGUGGACAAGGAAGUGGAUGUCACAGGAAACAUUUCAAGGACGAUGGGAGAUGGAAAAGAUCUUAAAGUUGAUGGCACGCCUGUAUGAAUCCUCAGUUUUACAAGUUAAGCAUUAAAGACAUGUUUAUGCCCUGCCUGUCAGAAGGGGUUUGUGUAUCAAUGGGAAUCAGCAUACCGUUGGAUGGUUGGUAGCAAACCUAUCAGAUCAAACCUACGUUAUUUCCUCAGUUUUCAACCAAUGCUCACAAGUGAUAGCACACACACCAAUGUCUUGAAGCUUCGGCCAGACAAAAAAAUUGACGAGGAAGAACCGUCCAGUGAGGAGGAAGUGGAAAUUCUGUAAUAGCAUCCUAGAAUGCACUGCAGAUAAUUCUUCAACCUUUUGAGAAAAUGAUUGUAAUCAGCCGAAGAAGAUUUGAAAUGGCUAGCUUGUCUUUCUCGGUGAAUGGGAAUGUUUUGCAUCAAUCUUUGAUCUGUUUGAUCCUCGGCAAUAUAUUAGUUGUAUGUAGAUAACGAUAAUCAGUACAUAUAAGUUCACUGUUUUCUGUUUAGUAUUUUAUGAGGCCCUUCGGCUCUGAGUAGACGAUUCUGUUCAAAGUUGCUGUCACACCUUGGCUUUAUUCACAGUGUGAAAGAAAGUUUAGUAUACAUAUAUUAAAGUCACUGGAAAUCAUGGUUCGAAAUUGAUGUCCGUCUCCCAGAAGUAUUUGUAUACUAGUCUGAACUUGAAAACCAAUCUAGCUUGGUAGCAAAACUAGAAAUGAACUUGAGUUGGAUUUGUGAUGGUGAUGCAUGUGAUGUGAAAAUGAAUUUUUGUUGGACAUUCU